AUGGCGUCCUCUGCAGCAACGGUUGGAUUGUCCCAAUUCCCUUCUUCUUCAAAAAUCACGAACAACAAAUACCACAAACCCCUCUCAGUCUCAAUCAGAUCUUUUAAUCACAAGAAGAAAAAUCAACCGAAUAAUAGAGAAUUUAUUGUAAAAGCCUCAGUCGGUGCAAGUGGGCCCCCUUCCGCCACCGCUGGGCUGUAUUCCGCCGAGCAAUUCGAACUCACCGUAGAGAACGUUGACAAAGUUCUUGAGAACGUCAGGCCUUACCUCAUCGCUGACGGCGGAAAUGUCGAUGUUGUGUCCGUUGAAAGCGGUGUCGUUUCGCUCAAGCUUCAAGGAGCAUGUGGAAGCUGUCCUAGCUCAACCACUACCAUGAAAAUGGGUAUAGAAAGAGUUCUCAAGGAAAAAUUUGGAGACGCAAUCAAGGAUAUUUGCCAAAUAAAUGAUGAACAAAUUAGUGAGACAACCGUUGAGGCAGUGAAUGGUCAUUUAGACAUUCUGAGACCAGCCAUUAAGAAUUUUGGUGGGAGUGUGGAAGUGUUAUCGAUCACGGACGGGAAUUGCCAAGUAAAAUACGAGGGACCUGAUUCAAUUGGAUCGGGAAUUAAAGCGGCUAUAAAGGAGAGGUUUCCUGAUAUUGUCGAUGUCGUGUUUACUAACUAG